UCCUUCCUCGUUCACCCCUGAACCUCCCAGAACCUCCCGGCGCCACCACGCUGCGACACCACCGUCCACCGGCUACUUAUACCGACGCCCCCCCUCCGCCCCGCCUCGCCAUUCUACCGCCAACCCCGCCCGAGACGACGCAAGGUCCAACCACCGAUCACAGAGAUACAAGUUGCGAGAUUUUCGUUCGCCACUCGGCACCAUUCUAUCCGGUCCAGUCCAGGGCAAGAUGGCAGCCGCGCCGCCGCUCGCCGCAGACAUCCUCAUCUCCUCCCCCGCCGCCGCCCCGGCCGUAGCGCCGGCGCCCGUCGUCGCAGCGGCGUGGGGCAACAGGAGAGGGGCGUCGAGGUGCGGGCCGCUUAGGGCCACGAGAGGACGGGGAUGGCCGGCUCCGCUCGUCGGGAAGGGGAGACCGCCGCGGACGCUCUCCGUGAGGUGCGACGCCAGCUCCCGGGACGGGAGGAUCACACAACAAGAAUUUACUGAGAUGGCAUGGCAAUCAAUUGUUCUGGCACCUGAAGUAGCCAAAGAGAGUAAACACCAGAUUGUGGAGACCGAACAUUUGAUGAAAUCCUUGCUGGAGCAGAGGAAUGGCCUUGCCCGUCGAAUCUUUUCAAAAGCUGGAGUUGAUAACACAAGGCUUCUUGAUGCCACCGAGAAGUAUAUCCAGCGGCAACCAAAGGUAUUAGGUGAAGAUCCUGGUUCAAUGUUAGGACGUGACUUGGAAGCUCUGAUACAAAGAGCAAGAGACUUUAAGAAAGAGUAUGGUGAUUCAUUUGUCUCAGUUGAACAUCUUGUUCUUGGCUUUGCGGAUGAUAAGCGAUUUGGAAGACAGCUGUUCAAGGAUUUUCAGAUCACUGUCAAGUCUUUGAAAACAGCUAUUGAAUCCAUAAGAGGGAAGCAAAAUGUAAUCGAUCAAGAUCCUGAGGGCAAGUAUGAAGCUUUGGAAAGAUAUGGAAAGGACCUGACAGCUAUGGCACGCCAGGGGAAGCUCGACCCAGUUAUUGGAAGAGAUGAUGAAAUUCGUAGGUGCAUUCAAAUUUUAUCUCGGAGAACAAAGAACAACCCAGUUUUGAUUGGUGAACCUGGUGUGGGGAAAACAGCUAUAGCUGAAGGGCUUGCUCAGAGGAUAGUGCAAGGAGAUGUUCCACAAGCACUGACAAACCGUCGACUCAUUACACUUGACAUGGGUGCUUUGAUUGCUGGUGCAAAAUAUCGAGGAGAAUUCGAGGAUAGGCUGAAAGCUGUACUCAAAGAAGUUACAGAUUCUGAUGGACAGGUCAUUCUCUUCAUUGAUGAGAUUCACACUGUUGUUGGAGCAGGUGCCACGUCUGGUUCAAUGGAUGCUGGUAAUCUUCUGAAACCAAUGCUUGGAAGAGGGGAGCUACGCUGCAUUGGUGCAACAACCCUCGAUGAGUACCGUAAAUAUAUUGAGAAAGACCCAGCAUUGGAGCGCCGCUUCCAACAAGUUUAUGUUGAUCAACCAUCAGUUGAAGAUACAGUCUCAAUACUCCGAGGAUUGCGUGAGAGAUAUGAAUUGCACCAUGGAGUCCGCAUAUCAGAUAGUGCCCUUGUGGCCGCUGCUGUUUUAUCUGAUCGUUACAUCAGCGGACGUUUUUUGCCUGACAAAGCAAUUGAUUUGGUCGAUGAAUCAGCUGCCAAGUUGAAGAUGGAGAUAACAUCGAAGCCGACUGCUCUGGAUGAGAUUGAUCGUUCUGUGCUUAAACUUGAAAUGGAACGUCUCUCACUCACAAAUGACACAGACAAAGCAUCAAGGGACAGACUAUCUCGCAUUGAAGCAGAGUUGUCACUUUUGAAAGAUACGCAGAAGGAACUGACUGAGCAGUGGGAGCACGAGAAGUCAGUGAUGACAAAGAUUCAAUCUAUUAAAGAAGAGAUUGACAGGUUAAAUGUGGAGAUCCAGCAGGCUGAACGUGAGUAUGAUCUCAAUCGUGCAGCUGAACUGAAGUAUGGUAGUCUGAAUGCGUUGCAGCGGCAGCUUCAAACAACAGAGAAUGAGCUAAAUGAAUACCAAAGUUCAGGGAAAUCCAUGCUAAGAGAAGAGGUGACCCAAGAUGAUAUUGCCGAAAUUGUGAGCCGAUGGACGGGUAUUCCAGUUUCAAAAUUAAAGCAAUCUGAUAGAGAGAAGCUUCUGUAUCUUGAGGAUGAACUGCACAAGCGUGUCGUCGGGCAGGAUCCUGCAGUCACAGCAGUGUCAGAGGCCAUUCAGAGAUCCAGAGCUGGUUUGUCUGAUCCAAACCGUCCCAUUGCCAGCUUCAUGUUCAUGGGGCCUACGGGAGUGGGCAAAACAGAAUUAGCAAAAGCCCUUGCUUCUUUUAUGUUCAACACUGAGGACGCUGUUGUCAGGAUUGACAUGAGUGAGUAUAUGGAGAAACAUUCUGUCUCGAGACUGAUUGGUGCACCACCAGGUUAUGUUGGGUAUGAGGAGGGUGGCCAGCUAACAGAAGCUGUCCGUAGGAGGCCAUAUUCCGUCGUCUUGUUUGAUGAGAUUGAGAAAGCCCAUUCAGAUGUAUUCAACGUUUUCCUUCAAGUAUUGGAUGACGGCAGGGUUACUGACUCACAGGGUCGGAAGGUGAGCUUCACCAACACUAUCAUUAUCAUGACAUCCAAUGUUGGUUCACAGUACAUAUUAAACAUGGAUGAGGAUGGUGGAACAACUGAUUUGUCCUAUGAGAGUAUGAAGAAGAGGGUGAUGGAUGCUGCAAGAUCAGUUUUCCGGCCAGAGUUCAUGAAUCGUGUAGAUGAGUACAUUGUUUUCAAGCCUCUCGAGAGACAACAGAUCAACAGGAUUGUCAAAUUACAGUUGGCAAGAGUACAGAAGAGGAUUGCUGACCGCAAGAUCAAACUCGAAGUCUCACCUGCGGCAAUUGAAUUCCUGGGAAGCCUUGGGUACGACCCGAACUAUGGCGCCAGGCCAGUGAAGCGAGUUCUUCAACAGUACGUGGAGAACGAGCUGGCAAAGGGUAUCCUUAGAGGCGAUUUCAAGGAUGAGGACAGCAUCUUCGUGGACACCCAGGUGACAGUGCCAUCGAAUGGUCAGCUCCCGCAGCAGAAGCUUGUUUUCCGGAAAAUAAACGAGGAAUCGAAGCCAGCUGCUGCUGAAGAUGAGAAGUUCCUACCGACGGUCUGAUAGUCUAUUUUCUGAUGGUCUAUUUUUGCAGCCUUGCAGAGCAUGAAUAAAUAUAAAGUGUACAUAUAAGGGCGAUAAACUGGUAGUAUAUCUCUUUGAACAUAGCAGCGUGGCGCAGUCAGAAUUCCCUUAUAAUAUACAUUAGCACAAGUGAGCACUGAGAAGUGAAAUUUUUGUUCUGCUUC